GGUUCGCCUCCUCCAAAAAGGUGGGGGCCGGCCAAGUAUAUCCGACGCAGCGGCUGUCCUCGGCUGCAGUCUUUCGCGCGAGGAGACGACUUUUCACUAGCCGCUCUCUCUGCCUCGUCCUUGCUAUAUCUCUCACGCUCGACCGACUGACAUUUAUCAUCGAAGCGAGAGAUUUUUACCUUUAAGACUUAAAAUGACCAAAGCGUGCGUAAUCCUUUCUUGCCUGUUGGCCGUCGUGGCGUCGACUCAUGGCGCCUUCAACUGUCCGAAGGACGACGGCCAGUACGAGGACGCGAAGCAGUGCGACAAGUACUACGAGUGCAUCGACGGUCUGCCCAUCGAGAAGUACUGCCCGGACGGCCUCGUGUUCGACCCGCUGAACCGCAAGGUCAACAAGUGCGACCACGUCUUCAACGUGGACUGCGGCGACCGACUCGAGCUUCAGCCACCACAGCCGACCAAGAAGUGCCCGCGUAGAAACGGCUUCUUCGCCCAUCCCGACCCGUCGGUCUGCAACGUGUUCUACAAUUGCAUCGACGGCGAGGCCGUGGAGAUCACCUGCACCACCGGACUUCACUUCGACGAGUACAGCGGCACCUGCGUCUGGCCCGAAAGCGCCGGAAGACAGGGCUGCGGAGUCGUAGGCAAGAAAUUGUCGGACGGUUUCGAGUGCCCGAAGGACGCUGGCGUCGACAGUCGCGGCAUCGCCGUGGAUCACCCCAAGUUCGCUCACCCGGAGGACUGCCAGAAGUUCUACGUCUGCCUGAACGGAGUGACGCCGCGCGAGCAAGGCUGCAGCGACGGGACCGUCUACAACGAGGAGCAGCAGAGAUGCGACGCGCCCGAGAACGUGCCCGGAUGCGAGGACUGGUACAAGGACGACGAUAAGAAGCCGCAAAUCGGCCAUCGCAAUUGAUCGUCGCAAGGACCAUCGAUUUGUCCCGCAUCGGGACACCCUACCACGUGACCAUUAUCUCUCUCGCUCUCUCUUUCAUGUACCUUCGUCUUUGUCGUCGAAUCCUCUAGAUUUGUAAAUUCGUUUUUUUUGUUUUUUUCUCUCUCUUUUUUUUUUUUUUUUUUUUUUUUAUUAUUGUAAUUAAUAAAAUAUUAACUCGUCCGAGGUUCUGUGUCCUUUUAUUGA